GGCUUGCCAUGUCCACAAUCCAGGUUUCUAACAUACGCGUCGACCGUCACCCAUCUAUUCCUGUAACCUACUAGAAAAGCGAUAAAUAACGCAAAAGCGACAUGCAAAGUCCAGCAGAAGAGAUAGCACAGGUCAUCAAGCUCCUUUGCAGCUCCGCCUCGCCCGACAUCCAGAAAGCGACCGUCGAAAAGUAUUUCUGUCCAGAUGCUGAAUUCAGGCAUCCCCUGUGCCAUGUGCCGCCCGGGAUUAAGUCGAGGGAGGAGAUCCUGGGGAUAUACCAGUGGUACCGGAUAAUGUCUCCGAAGCUGAGCAUUGAGGUGCAUAGCGUUAUGUACGAUGAGAGGCAGGGACGGCUCAUAACCGACUCGACACAACUCUUCCACAUCCGGUGGAAUCCCUUCCGCCCUGCUUCAGCACGUUUGAUGACGCACAUCAAACUGCGAGAGGUCGAUGGUCUGCAUUACAUCGCCCUCCAAGAAGAUUGGUACCAUCCGGACGACUUCAUGAACCUCCUGGUCCCACCGCUCACCCCGCUCAUCCGGUUGGGCAUGCGUAUCGGUAGCAUCGGCUCGAAUAUCAACGCCACUCUGUUCCAGGUGCUGUUAGGAUGGUGGAGGCCUGGCUCUGGGCAGAUAGUUCAUGACGUUAAAGAGAUAGGAAAGCCUGCAGGACGGGAUGACUAGGCCGACUGAGAGUUUCAGUAUCUAUAGAUGUAAGCUUAUUCGCGGACUCAUAUUGGUUCUACUGUAUCUUCAGCUGCUAGUAUGUAUAUGUUUGUGGAUCC